GCAGGAACCACGGAGAGGGGAAGCCAGCUCUCUGACAAGUAGUUCUUCUCUGUCUUGGGGUUGGGGUUGGGAACCCUGUCCUCAGCAUCUGCCAGGCUUGAAGAGGAUUCCUGCUCCCAAGACUAGCUCUCAGGUUUUCAGUUUCCCAUGGCUUCUCUGAGGCGAGCGUUGAGGGUGGCAGCUUUCCACCCUAUCCCAUGGAGACCUCAACUCCGGCUCCUGAGUACCCAAAGGCCCACAACUGAAAAGAGCGUACCAUCAAUGGACCUGAAGGAGGACAAGGACUCUGUGGGCCCAGGGCCUACCCAGCCUGCCAACUCAGCUGAUGUGGUGGUCGUGGGCGGGGGCAGCCUGGGUUGUCAGACCCUGUACCAUCUAGCCAAGCUGGGCCUGACCAACAUUGUGCUGUUGGAGAGAGAUAAGCUCACUUCAGGAACCACCUGGCACACUGCAGGUCUGCUGUGGCAGCUUCGACCCAGUGAUGUGGAGGUGGAGCUCCUGGCCCACCGCCAGGUGGUGAGCCAUGACCUGGAAGAGGAGACAGGACUGCACACUGGCUGGAUCCAGAAUGGGGGACUCUUCAGCUCCAACCAACAGCGACUAGAUGAGUACAAACGACUUAUGUCGCUUGGCAAAGCCUAUGGGAUAGAGUCUCAUGUCCUGACACCGGCAGAGACCAAGGCUCUAUACCCACUGAUGAAUGUGGAAGACCUCUAUGGCACCCUCUAUGUCCCCCAGGAUGGCACCAUGGACCCUGCAGGCACUUGUACGACUCUCACCAGAGCAGCCACUGCCCGAGGAGCCCAGGUCAUUGAGAACUGCCCUGUGACUGGCAUUCAGGUGCGGACGGAUGACUUCGGUGUCCGGCGGGUGGCGGCAGUAGAUACUGACUAUGGCUCCAUCCAGACUCCCUGUGUGGUCAACUGUGCAGGUGUGUGGGCAAGCAGCUUGGGGAAGAUGGCUGGGGUGAAGGUGCCACUCGUGGCCAUGCGUCAUGCCUAUGUGGUCACUGAACGUAUUGAAGGAAUCCAGAACAUGCCCAAUGUUCGGGAUCAUGAUGCCUCCAUCUAUCUCCGUCUCCAAGGGGAUGCUCUCUCCCUGGGAGGAUAUGAGUCCAACCCAAUCUUCUUGGAAGAGGUAUCUGCUACGUUUGCCUUUGGACUUUUUGACCUGAACUGGGAUGUGUUUACUCAGCACAUUGAAGGUGCCAUCAACCGAGUCCCAGUACUGGAGAAAACGGGGAUUAAAUCUACUGUUUGUGGCCCUGAAUCCUUUACUGCUGACCAUAAGCCCCUGAUGGGGGAGGCACCUGAGCUCCGGGGAUUUUUUCUUGGCUGUGGCUUCAACAGUGCAGGAAUGAUGCUGGGAGGUGGCUGUGGAAAGGAGCUGGCUCACUGGAUCAUCCAUGGUCGCCCAGAGAAAGAUAUGUAUGGCUAUGAUAUCAGGCGCUUUCACCACUCACUCACUGACAACCGCCUUUGGAUCCGGGAGCGGAGUCAUGAAUCAUAUGCCAAGAAUUACUCCGUUGUCUUUCCCCAUGAUGAGCCACUGGCCGGCCGAAAUAUGAGGAGGGACCCACUGCAUGAGGAGCUCCUCCAGCAGGGGUGUGUGUUCCAGGAAAGGCAUGGCUGGGAGAGACCUGGAUGGUUUAAUCCACAGGGACCAGCUCCCAUCCUCCCUUAUGACUAUUAUGGGGCAUACGCGCAUCAGCCCCACGAAGACUACAAGUAUAACAGACUGCUUAGCGAUGAAUAUACCUUCAAUUUCCCUCCUCAUCAUGAUGUUAUCCAGAAGGAAUGUUUAUCCUGCAGAGGGGCGGUGGCUGUGUUUGACAUGUCUUACUUUGGGAAAUUCUAUCUGGUGGGUCCCGAAGCCAGGAAGGCUGCAGAUUGGCUCUUCUCAGCUGAUGUCCACAAAAACCCAGGCUCCACAGUGUACACCUGCAUGUUGAAUCACCGGGGAGGAACUGAGAGUGACUUGACAGUAAGUCGCCUAGCUCCAGACCCUGAGGCCUUGCCACUCACCCCUUCAUUUGAAGGGGAUGGCUAUUACGUGGCUGUGGGGGGAGCAGUGGCCCAGCACAAUUGGUCCCACAUCACCACUGUGCUUCAGGACAAGAAGUUCAAUUGCCAACUCAUUGACUGUUCAGAAGACAUGGGGAUGAUUAGUAUCCAGGGACCGGAAAGCCGGGCAGUCCUUCAGGAGGUGCUUGAGACAGACUUGAGCAACAAGGCCUUUCCCUUUUCCACUCACAAGCUGGUGAAAGCUGCUGGGCACCUGGUUCGAGCCAUAAGACUGUCUUUUGUGGGGGAGAUGGGCUGGGAGCUGCAUAUCCCCAAGGCAUCCUGUGUACCUGUUUACAAGGCUGUGAUGAAAGCAGGUGCCAAGCACGGCAUUGUCAAUGCAGGCUAUCGGGCAAUCGAUUCCCUGAGCAUUGAGAAAGGCUACCGACAUUGGCAUGCAGACCUUCGCUCUGACGAUACCCCUCUGGAAGCAGGGCUGGCUUUCACCUGCAAACUGAAGUCCACCAUUCCCUUUUUGGGACGAGAAGCGCUAGAGAAACAGAGGGCCUCUGGUCUCCUCAGACGCCUGGUCUGCUUUACCAUUGACAAAAAAGUGCCCAUGUUUGGCCUGGAAGCCAUCUGGAGAAAUGAAAAAGUAGUUGGCCACAUUCGGAAGGCAGACUUUGGCUUCACCGUCAAUAAAACCAUCGCCUAUGGGUACAUCCAGAACCCAGAUGGAGGUCCGGUAUCCCUGGAGUUUGUGAAGAGUGGUGACUAUGCCCUUGAGAGGAUGGGAGUGAUCUACCCUGCCCAAGUUCAUGUCAAGCCUCCAUUUGAUCCAGACAACAAGAGAGUAAAGGGAAUAUAUUAACUCCAGAAGUCUCUGAUGUUGACUGCCUGGCAAGUGGAAGUGCCAGGGGCCGAUGAAAGGAAGAUGGGAACAAGCUCACAAUCAUUUCCAGCCAGCCAAGGACCGAGCCCUCCACUACAGCUGACUUCUACACAUUCUGUGCCUCUCCUUAUCUGAGCCCUAGAAUUGACUGAGUCCUCCUGUUGUUCUUUGCUUAAAAAUCAGAAUGAAGUCCAGUCUAUUGAAGAAAUUGUUUUCUGGUUAUGUUUUGGAAGAAACUUUCAGACUCAGAAUUAGGGUGACGGGAAGCACUACUUCCUCAAAUAUCAAAAAUCCUUGAAAAUAUGUCAAAACAUAUCCUUAAAUGGUUUUCCAAUUGAUCCCCAUUCAAAAAAUUUGUUCCACCAACCACACUGUAACCUUCUUCAGCAGAUGAACUGUUCCUUGUAUCCUCCAGAGAUACAUGAGACAGUGUAGAUCUCAUGGAAGACAUUUGGUAAAUACUUUAAAAAAUUGAAUUGACAUGAACCAAUGAGCCUAAAACUGUAACAAAGUCAGGGUUCAGGGGCCGCUGACCCAGUGGGAUUCAUUUUCCUGCUCCCAAGGGAAACCCAGGGGAAGAUUAAAGCAGGGCUUUGUUCCUGAACCCAAAGGCCAGGCUCCAGGGAGGCCCACGGUUCUUCGAAGUAUGAUUCUGUUUAAUAAUUGAACAACCCCUGAAAACAAGCUUUCAGUUAUACGUCUGUGCAUCUACAAUAGAUUUUCAUUUACCAUGGGACCUGUUCAUUGCCAGCCUUCCAGAAGUCUUCUGCUUAAUGGCACUUUCCUUUGUAUUUUAUAUUCUCUAUCAUUUUAACAAAAUUCUUUUUAUGCCUAUGUCUUACCUGCAAACUUGAUCUGAAGACCCCUGAGGGAAGGCUCAGAUUAUGUCUUUGUAUCAGUCAUUGUUAGGAGGUAGCACAGUACAGAUAACAUAGCACAUGCUCAAUAAAUAUUUGUGAGAAUGUGACAAUAAUA